GCUUCUGAAAAAAGGGGGUUUUGAUUUUUCUUUUGGUGCUUGACAAACACAAAGACAUUUAAAAUAAUAAAAGGUCUUCUAUUUUGUUUUUUUGUCCUUGCAGUCAUCUCCCAGGAUUAUAUGAGUGAAGAGGACAAUCUUUGCAACCAGCAAAGGAAUUUAAGACAGGAAAAGGAAGAACCAGAACCUCCUCAGAUUAAAGAAGAACAAGAAGAACCAGAGCCUCCUAUUAAAGAGGAACAGGAAGAACCAGAACCUCCUCAGAUUAAAGAGGAACGAGAAGAACCAGAUCCUCCUCAGAUUAAAGAGGAUCUAGAAGAACCAGAUGCUCCUCAGUUUAAAGAGGAACAAGAGGAGUUCUUCAUUAGUCAGGAUGAAGAGCAGCUUGAUCUGAAGCAGGAGACUGAAACCUUGAUGGACAUUCCUACUUUGGAGGAACAUGUUGACAGUGAAGCAGAUGGAAACAAUCAGCAGAGCUUUAAUGGAACUGAUAGUCAGGAUGAAGAAGGAAACCAACAUGAAGAAUCAACAUCAACUCCAGAUGAAGAGACAGAGCCACAGAACAGAGAUCAGAGGAAGAGAAGAGACAGAAGUCAUGUCCAAAGUGUGGAUAUAUGUCACAUGUCAGAAGGUCAGUGUGACUCUUAUGUCAGAAGAAAGUUUAAGAUGAAAACUUCUGUUAAACAAAAACAAUCCGCAAAAGAGAAGAGACAUUCCUCUGCAGGGUCUGGAAAAAGAACAAGAAAUCCACACGAUGUGUCCGUCUACAUGAGAACUAAGUCUGAUGAACGACCUCAUGUCUGUAAAGAGUGUGACAGAAGUUUUGGUGCUAAAUCUAGUCUCAAAGAACACAUGAGAACUCAUACAGGAGAGAAGCCUUUCUCGUGUAAAGAAUGUGACAGAAGUUUUUGUGCUAAAUCUACACUCAAAAUACACAUGAGAACUCAUACAGGAGAGAAGCCCUUCUCGUGUAAAGAAUGUGACAGAAGUUUUAGCACUAAAUCUAGUCUCAAAGAACACAUGAGAACUCAUACAGGAGAGAAGCCUUUCUCGUGUAAAGAAUGUGACAGAAGUUUUUGUGCUAAAUCUAGUCUCAAAAUACACAUGAGAACUCAUACAGGAGAGAAGCCUUUCUCGUGUAAAGAAUGUGACAGAAGUUUUAGCGAUAAAUAUAAUCUCAAAACACACAUGAGAACUCAUACAGGAGAGAAGCCUUUCUUGUGUAAAGAAUGUGACAGAAGUUUUAGUAUUAAAUCUAGUCUCAAAGAACACAUGAGAACUCAUACAGGAGAGAAGCCUUUCUCGUGUAAAGAAUGUGACAGAAGUUUUCGUACUAAAUCUAAUCUCAAAGAACACAUGAGAACUCAUACGGGAGAGAAGCCUUUUUUGUGUCAAGAAUGUAAUACAAGUUAUAAUCAAAUAUCUUAUCUCAAAUCGCACAUGAGAACUCAUACAGGAGAGAAGCCUUUUUCAUGUGAAAAAUGUGACAGAAGUUUUAGUCAAAAACAUUAUCUCAAAAGACACAUGAGAACUCAUCUAGGAGAGAAGCCUUUUUUCAUGUAAAAAAUGUGACAGAAGUUUUAGUAUUAAAUCUAGUCUCAGAAAACACACAAGAACUCAUACAGGAGAGAAUUUUAUUUUUGAAAGCAACUGAAACCCACAGUGUAUAACUCUCAAAGAAAAGACAAUAAUUUGUUUUAACUAGGAACAU